AUGUCAAAAUCAAUUUUAUCAGACUUGGUAGAUCAGCAUCGGCCUGACCUCCAACCGUUGGAGGAGUUGUACAAACAUCUUCAUCGCAACCCCGAGCUCUCCAACCAAGAAGUCGAAACAGCGGCUACUAUCGCCCAACGACUUAGGGAGAUUAGCCCCGAAGAUCUCGUCAUAAAGCCUCAUAUUGGGGGUCAUGGCUUAGCUGCUGUUCUCCGCAAUGGCGAUGGCCCCACUGUCUUACUUCGUGCAGACAUUGAUGCUCUGCCAGUCCAAGAGACUACAGGCUUAGAGUAUGCAAGCACAAAACGCAUGAUCCAUGCUGCGAGCGGAGUUGAGAAGCCUGUUAUGCAUGCUUGCGGUCAUGAUAUGCACAUUGUGACAUUACUAGGUGCUGCGGCAACUCUUUUCUCGUCCCGGGAAUCCUGGGCUGGAACUUUGGUCCUGGCCUUUCAACCUGCUGAGGAGCGCGGUACUGGCGCGCAAGCAAUGGUUGACGACGGUCUUUACACUAAACACGAGGUUCCAAUUCCGGACUUCGUUCUGGGAGCACAUGUAAGACCUUUACGUGCUGGUACAAUCGGCACACGAAGAGGACUUGUUGCCACGAGCGCGGAUAACUACAAAGUCACGAUCCACGGCAAAGGUUCGCAUGCGAGUAUGCCCCAUACUGCCAUUGAUCCCAUCGCUAUUUCCGCCAAUGCUAUUCUUAAGCUGCAGACACUCGUCAGCCGCGAAGUUGACCCAGCUGAGUCAAGCGUGGUAACCGUCACGAGUAUUCACGCUGGGGAUGCUGAGAACGUCAUUGCCGACUCAGCCGUUCUUGGCGUCGACACCCGAUCUACUACGAUCGCAACACGCGAGCGUCUCCUAAAGCGCAUAAAAGCAGUAAUCGAAGCCGAGUGCGCCUGCGCCAACGUCCUCAAAAGUCCAGAUUUUGAGCAAACCCGAGCUUUUCCUUUGACGAUCAACGACGAAGCUGUCACUAAGAGAGUGGAAGAGUCAUUUGCUGCGCACUUUGGCGAAGGGCCUGGGAAAUACGACAGGGAUAUGCCGAAACUUGCUUUCAGUGAGGACUUUUCGAUCUUGGCUACUGCUGUUGAUAAGCCGUAUUGCUUUUUCACAUAUGGUUGCGUCGAUGGAGAUGUUUGGGAUAAGGCGGAGAAGGAGGGGACUGUUGCGCAGAGUAUUGCUGCGAAUCAUUCUUCCAAGUUUGCUCCGAUCAUUCAACCAACUCUCAGGACUGGGUUGGAUGGGUAUGCAUUGGGUGCUCUCACAUUUUUAGCAAAGGGACGAUAG